CCCCUCUUCAAACCCACCCUCAUCCUCCACGGCGGCGCCGGCGCCAUCCACCGCGCCACCCUCCCACCCGACCUCUACGCGCAAUACCACGCCUCCCUCCUCGACUACCUGCGCUCCACCCGCGCCCUGUUGGAGGGCGGCGCCUCGGCCCUCGACGCCGCCGUCCACGCCGUCUCCCUGAUGGAGGACGACCCGCUCUUCAACUGCGGCCGCGGCAGCGUCUUCACGGCCGCUGGCACCAUCGAGAUGGAGGCCUCGCUCAUGGUCACCUCGGUGCACCCGGGGCAUCCGCUGUCGGAGCGGCGGGUCGUCAAGCGCGGCGUCGGCGUGAUGGGGCUGCGGAAUGUGAGGCAUCCGGUUCGGUUGGCGAGGGAGGUGCUGGAACGGGAGGGGCGGGGCCAGCGGGGUGCUGGUGGUGGGGAUGGCGGCAGUAUGCACUCGCAGCUGGUGGCGCCUUAUGUGGAGGAUGUGCUGGCCCGGCAGUGGGGGUUGGAGUUCAUGCCCGAUGAGUGGUUCUUCACGCAGCGGCGCUGGGAGGAGCAUCUGCGGGGGUUGCGGGGUGAGACUGAGGAGAUCUCGAUGAGUCAGGGGACCGUGGGCUGUGUUUGUUUGGAUCGCGGGGGCGGGCUGGCGGUUGCUACGAGUACCGGCGGCUUGACGAAUAAGUUGCCGGGGAGGAUUGGGGAUACGCCGACCCUAGGGGCGGGCUUUUGGGCUGAGGCGUGGGAGGAGGAUGGGGUUGAGGGGAUGGGGUGUGGUGGUCUGGUGGAUGUGGAUGGCGAGAAGGGGGAGAAGGCCGGAGGGCUUUGGGAUCUGACUCUGGGAGAUUGUUUGCCGGGGUUUGAUGGGUUGGCUCGACGGGGUUACGAUGGUGAUGAUACUGCACCAAAGUCGCAAAAGUCGGAGAAGGAAUGGCUGAUUGCGCACCCGCUGGAGCCGACUCCUGCGCAGAAGCGGCGUGCGGUUGCGGUGUCGGGGACGGGCAAUGGGGAUUCCUUCCUUCGCACGGCGGCGGCGCGGACGGCUUGCGCCACCUCCCGCUUCUCAACCCCCAAACCCUCGUUGGCUGAGGCUGUCAGUGCCGUUGCUGGGCCCGGCGGCGAGUUGCAGCGUUCGGCCGGGGAUCGUUGGGGCUCAACGGGCGAAGGUCAGGGGGGUAUUAUUGGUAUAGAGGCUGAGUUGGAGGAUCCCGUGGUCAUGGAUCAUGGUGAUGAUGACGACAGAACCAAGCUCCGGCGGGGAAAAGUGGUGUUCGACUUCAAUUGCGGAGGGUUAUGGAGGGCUUGGGUGGAGGAUUCUGGUGAUGGGGAGGAAGUUGAGCGGGUGAUGGUGUUUAGAGAGGAAUAU